AUGCCAGCUUACGGAGAUAGUGAGGAAGAUGUACGAAUUAUCGAAGAGGAAAUUCUACAGGAUAUAAAUAGAGGGUUAAAGAGUGAGAUAAAGAGGAAAUUAGAAUGGGAAGUUAGACAAGAAGUUAGGAUGGAGUUGAAGAAUGAGAUUAGGAGGGAUAGAGAAGGGAUACGGAAUUUGAAGAAAGAAGUUACGCGGGAGAUUAAAGGAGAGUUGAGGAUGGAAGAGGAGAUGGGAAGGAAUAGGAAAGAGGGGGUGUUGGUUGCGCAGGCGAAGAGGGAUAUUAGGGAGGAAGUGAGACGGGAUGUGGAAGAGGGGUUGAGGGGGGAGGUGAGGAGGGAGAUGGAGAUGGAGAGAGAUGAUGCUAGAUGGACGAUUAAAAAAGGAAGAAAGGAACGGGAGAUGGAGAAUAGGAUUAGAGAGGUGGAGAGAAAGAUUGAGGGGAAGAAUGGAGAGAAUCUUACGGGGAAACGGGAAGUGCGAGGCUCAUCGGCAGUGAGAAAGUUAUGA